AUGCCUCCUAGUGCGCGAUCUGGGCGAGGUCCCAAGCCGCCGCCUCCAAAGAACGGUCGCACUGAGCUGCGACAACAGAAGCGCAAGAGGGAGCAAGAAGACCUCUCACAGCUCGAACAACGAGUUGCCGAGUUGGACCCUAAAUCAGAGGCCACCAAGAACUUCUCCGAUCUCCCCCUCUCUGUACCGACCGCAAAGGGCCUCGAGGCCUCGCAUUUCAAAGUCCUUACCGAUGUCCAAACUCACGCCGUUCCACUCUCCCUCAAGGGCAAGGAUGUCCUAGGAGCUGCCAAGACAGGAAGCGGAAAGACUCUGGCCUUCAUCAUUCCUGUCCUUGAGAAGCUCUACCGCGCCCAAUGGACUGAAUACGACGGCCUCGGCGCCCUCAUCAUCUCCCCCACCCGAGAACUCGCAGCCCAGAUCUUCGAAGUGCUCCGAAAAGUCGGAAGAUAUCAUGUAUUCUCAGCAGGCUUGGUGAUUGGUGGCAAGAGUUUGAAAGAGGAAGCGGAGCGGUUGGACCGAAUGAACAUCCUGGUCUGCACGCCUGGUCGAAUGCUGCAGCAUCUUGAUCAAACAGCCGGUUUCGACGCUAAUAACUUGCAAAUCCUGGUCCUCGAUGAGGCGGAUCGUAUUAUGGAUAUGGGUUUCUCACAUGCUGUUGACGCCCUAGUCGAGCAUCUUCCGAAAGAGCGACAAACACUUAUGUUCAGUGCCACCCAGAGCAAGAGAGUCUCGGAUCUUGCUCGUCUCAGUCUCAAGGAUCCCGAAUAUGUCUCCGUCCACGAAGAUGCCGUCAGCGCCACGCCUACGAACCUUCAACAAAGCUACCUCGUGACUCCUCUGACAGAGAAGCUCGACACACUCUACGGAUUUAUCAAGGCGAACCUGAAGAGCAAGAUCGUUGUCUUUCUAAGCUCAGGUAAACAGGUUCGAUUCGUCUACGAGAGUUUCCGUCAUCUUCAGCCUGGUAUUCCUCUUCUCCAUCUUCACGGACGACAAAAGCAAAUGGCACGAAUGAAGAUUACUUCAACGUUCACAUCUGCAAAGCAGUCAUGUUUGCUCGCAACAGACGUUGUCGCACGAGGAAUUGAUUUCCCUGCAGUCGACUGGGUCAUCCAAGCCGAUUGCCCUGAAGACGUUGACACGUAUAUCCAUCGAGUCGGCAGAACAGCUCGAUACCAAAGCAAUGGCCGAGCUGUGCUUUUCCUUGACCCUAGCGAGGAGCCGGGUAUGCUGAAGAAGCUAGAACAGAAGAAAAUCCCCAUACAAAAGGUCAACGUUAAGGAGAAGAAGAAGAGAAACAUCAAGGAGCAGUUGCAAAGCAUGUGCUUCCAGAAUCCAGAUCUCAAGUACCUCGGUCAAAAAGCGUUUAUCAGUUACACACGGUCAAUCCAUCUGCAAAAAGACAAAUCCGUCUUCAAGUUUAACAAACUCGAUCUCGAUGGUUUUGCUGCUAGUCUUGGUCUCCCAGGUACACCACAGGUCAAGUUCCGAAAGGGUGAAGAUAUCAAGAAGAUAAAGAACGCCCCUCGUGCGGGCAUGUCCAGCGGCUCCGAAUCAGACGAUGAGGAGGGAGAGAAGAAGCCUGCGAAGAAGAACGAGGUGCGCACAAAGUACGACAAGAUGUUUGAGCGAACAAAUCAGGACGUUUUGUCAAGUCAUUACAACAAGCUCGUACUUGAUGGCGAGGGCAAGGACGAUGAUGAGGAUGGCGAUUUCUUGUCGGUAAAGAGAGUACUCAAGGAUAGCGACCUGGAUGAUGAGGCAAACAACGCGUACAAGAGCUCAGCGAGGAUCAUCCAAGGGCUUGGUGGUGAUGAGCCUUUUGUUGUGGACUCGAAACGUCGCGAGAAGGCCCUCAAGUCAAAGAAGAAGAUGCUCAAGUUCAAGGGCAACCCUAGCAAGGUUGUUUUCGACGAAGACGGCAAUGCCCAUGAGAUCUAUGAGCUGAAGGACGAGGACGAUUUCAUGGGAGAGGGUCCAGCCGAGGAACAGCGCCGCAAGUUCGUCGAAGACGAGACAUCGCGCGUUCGCGAGGCAGAUGUGGACGACAAGGCUCUCGCCAAGCAGAAGCGUCGCGAGAAGCGAGAGAAGCGCAAGGCUGCCGAGCGAGCAGAGCUUAUGGGUAUCGUUUCAGACGACGACGGCGAUGCGCCUAUGCUUCACAAUGCAUCAGACGGCGAAGAUCCUCUGGCCCUACUGCGGUCGCUGCCUGUUGGAGACGACAGGUCCGACAGCGAGGGAGAGCGCGAGCCGCCCAAGAAGAGAGCCAAGAAGUGGUUCGAGGACGACUCAGACGACGAGAAGAGCAAGGGCAAAGGAAAGGUCUUCAAGGUGCAGGAGGAGCCCGAGACGUUGGAGGAUCUCGAGGCACUUGCUACUGGAUUGCUCGACUAA